AGGGUUUGGCAGUUUCAUUUUGUUCUGUUUCUUCUUCUCAAGGAACUUGAUUUAAACACUGAAUAACUUUAUAUUUGGAAAUGCAUAAACUGUUAUUUCAGUUCCAACUAUUUAGCAAAACUGGUCUGCAAUGCCAUAAGCUAGGCUUUGCCAACCUGUUGCCCUACAAAUAUUAUACAGGUUUCCAAUUUCCAAUUAGGCCUAACUAGCAUAAGAUGAUAGAAAUCGUAGUUCAAUAGCAUGUGGAGGGGCACAUGUUCAGCAUUGCUGCCAUAUAUGGUAUAUGAUAUACCAUAUGUCAUCUGCUUACAUUGAAACACUCUGAGAUUGUCUUUAAUUUAGCUGUUGGCAUUCCAGUACUGUAUUUCCAUAGCAAGUUACAAAAAAAGUUAUACAGAAAUAAUAGCAAACAGAAUGUCCCCUCCAUCCCUUACCAAUUUGCUGUGUUUCUAUGCUAGAUACGCAUUCCAGGGCUUGAGCUUGGAAGUUGCUAUUUCAUUUAAUGUGAUUGCAGCUUGAAUUCUUCAUUGUUUUGGCUUGAGCUGCUUGUCUUUUUAAGUUCAGGUAUUUUACAAUUAUUAUAUCCUGUAGUAUGGAAAGUGCUAUUUUUUAGUAAAAAUUCACUCUGCAAAUUAAUUGAGAUGGCUCCUAGGUUUGUCUCCAGAUUUAAUGUAAAAGCAAAUAUUUAUCCAUGAAGGCCUCUACUCAAAAAUAGCUUGCAGAGAGUUCUUUAAGACGAGGUAGCACUGUUAAGAGUGGUUUUCAAGUCUUUUGUUCAGAUAUUGUUGUUUGUUGCUUUCAGGAAUACUUUUCUGCAGCUAUUCAAAAGUCUAAAUUAAGCGUUUCCGAGGCUGUCAGCCCUUAUACAGUAUAUGUAUUCACUGCCUGUUUAGUAAACCGUAGCUGACAUGAUUACUGCCUUUAGUUCACUAACAAUAAAUGGACAAAAGCAAUCCCAGUCCUGACCUAGAGAUGGCAGCACAGCCUCCUUUUUGUUUCCAAAAACAUGUAAAUAGCUGUGUUAGGUAAGCAUUAUUACAAAGUUUGUUAUGGUCAGAAUAAAAUUACUGAUAGUCAUUUUCUUCACAGCAUUAAUAAUUCAAAUUGGAAGUUGUCAUGUUACAGAAAAGUAGUGUACUAAAUCAAUUUUUUUAAAUUAAAAUUUUAGAGUUAAGCCAAAAAUGUGACACAGCAUUAGUUUUAAGAAAAACACACACGUCUUCCUAAUGUAAAUAUUUGAUAUUAAAUUAUGAAAUAUUUUUGAACAUAAGGUGCAAUUGCUUUUCUUUGUUAAGUGUUUUGGUUAUGUACAAUGAUUUUUAGCAUACUCUAUGCAGAUCUCUGAGUAGUUGUGAUAAGCAGUUGCCAAAUAAAAUACUUUUAGUCUUCAAUUAUAUACUUGCCUUCUCCCACUUCACAGCUUUUUGAAGAGUUUUUUGAUUAUGCGUUUUUUAAAAACAGAUAUUGCUGAUGUUUCCGUACAACAGUGCGAAUCACGGUACUAUGAUAUGAAAAACCGUGGUCGUCAAAAUGAGAGAAUAUUUAGUGCAGAAUUUAUAACUGCUGACAGCACAAAGGAACCUCUCUCCAAAAAGUACAAUGAUCGAAACAUCCACUUUGACAUUUGCAGUUGUCAAUUUGUAUAUCAUUAUUCUUUUGAGACGUAUGAACAAGCUGAUAUGAUGCUUAGAAAUGCCUGUGAAAGACUUUGCCAUGGAGGAUAUUUUAUUGGCACAACUCCAGAUAGCUAUGAACUUGUAAAGCGCCUUGAAGCUUCAGAAACAGACUCUUUUGGGAAUGAAAUAUACACAGUGAAGUUUCAGAAGAAGGGAGAUUACCCCUUGUUUGGCUGCAAGUAUGAUUUUAACUUGGAAGGAGUGGUUAAUGUGCCAGAGUUCCUGGUCUAUUUUCCAUUGCUGGUAGACAUGGCCAAGAAGUAUGGCAUGAAACUAGUCUACAAAAAGACUUUUCAGGAGUUUUACGAAGAAAAGGUUAAGAAUGAAGAACAUAAAAUUCUUUUGCAGCAAAUGCAGGCAUUGGAGAAAUACCCUGCUGAUGAAAGUUCCAGGCUGGUCUCAAAUAAAAAAGAGGACUAUGAGCAUGCAGAAAUGCUUAAGAAUGGUGGGAAAGCCAAGUUACCCCUUGGAACCCUGAGUAAAUCUGAAUGGGAGGCAACAAGUAUAUAUUUGAUUUUUGCCUUCGAAAAGCAGCAGUAAAAGACGACCACAAAAACACAAUUGAAGUGCUCUAGCAUCCAAAGUGACAGCUAUUUUAUAUUUUUAUGUUUUAAAAGUGUGCAGGACACAACCAAAUUGGGCAAGCUUACCUAUGGUUUGACUGUCUGUGACAGAUGGAAUUUUGUUUUGUGUGUCUGUCUAUACACACACGCACACACACACAAAAUAUGAUUUUAUGUUUGGGGGAUGAUUGGGUUCUUACUCUUAACAAAGGAUACAUUAGUUUGCGUUCAGACACCUUGGUCUAUUACUGACUGCUUAUAAACCUACAGCAUGAUAGUGAUCACAGGAUGAAGAAAUAACGUAGCUUCCAUCCAGAUGGUAAUUCAGCUGUUGCCAUACUCUCUCAAUUCCUUGACAAGCCAAAGUAGUAAGGGUCUUGGUAAUUUCUGAGCUCUACAUGCUGUUUGAGCUGCCCCAAAGUUUUGAAGUGGUCAUCAUGCAACAAGUGUUUAUUUGAAAUCGCCUGUUGUUCUGCUUUACAAAGUUGCAGACAAGCAAAUUAGCAAAUGUCAGCUGAAUUCAAAACCACUGCACUCCAUGGAAAAAUAGCUGCCCCCAUUCCAGAGCUAUGUAACUGGGUGUCUCCUUUUAGAGGAGAGACCUUUGUCAACCAGUUUAAGUGAAUGACGAUGUGCUUGCAUGCAUGUGAGCUCUGUACAUCAGAAUGCCAGACAUAAUUCAUUGGUUGGGCUUUUUAUCGCCACUCCACAGUGCAGUAUUUUCAGUGUUAAAUAAUUGUGGUUGAUGUGUCAGAUGGGGGAGUAUUUGGAGGAACACGAAUUUUGUUGUUUGUGCUCAUUGGUGUGUAAUUUUUCAUAGUAUGUGAUCAAGAUUAAAUAGAUUUCUGUUCUGUACAA